AUGUUCAAUUUUUACAAAUGCACAGCAAAAUUAUUAACUCAUUUCUACACGCCGAGCGGUCGCUCUCCUCUUCCGCUCUCGUUCGGAGAGUUGAUAAUCCGUCGUCCGCAAGCCCUGGACAAGUUGGACGUCGUACUGCUCCUACAUGGCAAAGCACCUUUUUGUUGGAACGCUCAACGUGAGAACAAUGCUCUCGAACGAAAGACUCGUAGCCCUCGAGAACGCGGUCAGGUUGGUGAACUUUGACAUCAUAGGCCUCUGCGAAAUUCGCCGGGCCAGCACUGGUAGCCUCGUCUUGAAUGACACCAAGCACAUACUCUACUACCACGGAAAAUCAUCUCAAGCAGGAGUAGGGUUCCUUGUGCACAAAGACUUGGCUGCCAGUGUUGAGUUCACACCUGUUAACGAUUGCCUCGCUUUCAUCGAUGUCAAGAUCAAAAAAGAACGUAUACGAAUCUUCCAAGUGUACGCUCCAACCACGGAUUACACCGAUGAGGUAUAUUCAAUGUUCCUAGAUGACCUAGAGAAAGUUCUGAGUCACCUCCAACGUCGUGAUCGGCACCCGGGGGCGGACGUGACUUAUUCCUUGACUUUAGGUGACUUCAAUGCGAAAGUUGGCAGUAAGAUUGACACCGAACUCUCUCUCAGUUGCCAUGGCGUUGGAGUCCGUAAUAACCGUCGGGUAACUCUUUUAGAGUUCUGCGAGGCGAAUGGGCUGAGGAUCUAGAACACCUUUUUCUAAAGCGUGUUAACAGAAAGUGGUCCUGGAAAUCUCUCGAUGACCAAUAACUGUUCAGCAGUUUUAUAAAACUCUUUAUACCUCGCGCAAGUUCUCCAGCCCUGGUCCUUACAUCUCAAGAAGACUUCCCUUCGAUACUGGCUGACGGAGUUCGUGCGGCGUUGAGGAAAGCCCAAAAGUAACAAAGCUUCUGGGCCGGAUAUGAUCACUCUGGAGAUGCUUCUCGCGUGUGAAGACAUCGUCGUUCCACACCUAAUGACGAUUUUCAACGAAAGCUUCAUGAAAGAAAGAGCUCCACAGUCAAUGCCGGACUUUGUCGUGAGACUGCUACACAAGAAAGGAAGCUGCCUGGAUAUAGGAAACUACCGCCCAGUAGCACCUGUUCGUCGUGUACAAACUGUUCACCUCGAUACUUCGAAGAAGAGCUACGCGUGAACUGGAAGCUGCUCAACCCAUCGAGCAAACUAGUUUCCGAUCUAGAUUCUUGACAGCAAAAAACACCCUGGUCGUGACCGAGAUGAUCCAGAAGUCUCAGGAAUACGAAUUCCCCUUGUACCUGAUGUUCGUCGACUACAAGAAAGCUUUCGAUUCUGUGGAGUUCGGUUCUCUCUGGACGGCUCUCAGCGAGUUUGGAGUCCAUUCGAAGAUCGUUAUGACUCUGAAAAACAUCUACGAAGAAGCAGAAGUCUCUGUCAGAAUUCGAGGACAAGAUGUACCAGUUCGAAUACAGAAAAGCGUGCGUCAAGGAGACACAAUUUCUCCAGAUUUGUUCAACGCCACCCUCGAGCACAUUUUUCGAAGGCUCAACUGGCAGAACUAUGGAUUUUCUGUGAAUGGGAAAAUUUUGUCGCACCUCCGUUUCGCUGAUGACAUUGUACUGCUUGCAUCCAGUACGCAGAAGAUCCAAGAAAUGGCUAACCAGUUGGCGAAAGAAAGCAAGAAGGCCGGCUUGGCAAUUAACUUCGCGAAAAUGUUCAUAAUGGCUAAUCGAGCCCAAAAAAAUUUCGAGAUUGAUGGAAAAAGAAUCGCCUACACGGACGGGUUCAUCUACCUCGGUACUCAUCUCUACUUCGCUGGUGGUUCAAAAACCGAAAUCCAACGCACGUGCUUAACACGAAGAAACGUUUUCAAUAUACACAAAGCCAAGUGUAUUGAACCAGCCUUUCUCUAUGGUUCGGAAACAUGGACUCUAAAGAAGAAAGAGAGGGACCUUCUCGAAACAGAUCAGCGGAAAAUGAUGCGAUGGAUGCUCGGAGUAACGUUGCUCGACAAAAUAAGAAACUCCUGGCUCUAUGAAAAGUUAGAGCUACACGAAGUUCGGUCGGAAGCUGUGAAGAGAAAAUGGCUUUUCGCAAAGAAGAUCUCUACGGGAGAAGACACAUGGGCGAAGAAAAUCGUGGAAUGGCGACCAUGGGCGAAAACUCGCGAAGUUGGACGACCUAA